AUGGCCGGACGCGGAAGACGCCUUGCGACUGGCGCAAUCAUCGGCAUUGCUAUUGCCGGCUUCAUCUUUAUUGCCUUCUGGGUUCUAUGCUGCUACUGCUGUUGCUUCCGAAACAAGCGUAAGCAGCGCGGUCGUCAGCCGCAUCCAGUGGGUGGCGGGGGUGGGGGCAUGUUUUCGCGCUUCGGUCGCCAGCGCCGCGGCGGCCCGGUCAUGAUGGAGUCUGGUUACGGACACGGGCCGGGUCACGGACAUGGUCAUCACGGACACCACGGCCUAACGAGACCACCCCCGACACAUGGAUACAGAUAA